UGUGUGGCAACAAUAUUCUGGAUGAUGCUAAACUACCCUAUUGCGAAUAUGAAUGUCCAGGACACAUGGCGGAGUUCUGUGGAGGCGUGAAAAAGAUGUAAGUAUAUGAAAUACAGUGUAUGUAUUAUUUUAAAAAUUUGUUUCUAAUCAUAUCAUUUUAUAUCGUAUUUUAUUUAUUUCAAACAUUUCACAUAAAAUCUCAAGAAAGAAAGAAGUAUUUAGAAUAAAGAGGAAUUUAGAAUAUUGUAUUGAGUAGCAAAAAUUAAUAAAUGAUGUGCAUCUCCUCCAAAAUGUUUGUAUAAUUAUGUAAUUUUAUAGUGAAAGUUUUCUAUACCAAGCCUUUUGCAAUGUAUCUGGAAUAGUAUAAUUGUUGAUAAUGAAACGAAUAAAGAUCGAUCUGAAAGAUCAUUUUAACCUUGGACUAUUAUGAUAUGGAGACAGUUGGUAUUUAUUUCUAUCAAAUAAGUUCAAAACUUUACAUCAGUAUUAAUCAUAAAAACAUAGGCAGUAAAGUUGUCUUACUAUUUGUCAUCACAGAUGUUCAAUAUAAGUCAACUACAAUGCCACCUAUUACAGGUACGACAAAAUACUGCUUAAAGAAGCGUAUAUAGAGAAUGUUUGAUUGCUUUUUGUCAGGAAUUAGGUUUAUCCGAUAACAUGAAGAAAAAAUUAUCCAUUCCGAGUCUCCUCUAAAUUUCAAACCAAUAUUUAAAAACGGUACAAAUGCGCAAUGUCAAUUCACUUAGGCAUUAAAAGCCGUCACCGUACCGUAUCAUAUUGAGGUAUACUAGUAUGAAGUAGACUUAUCUUAAUAUUUUUCUUGUUGUUCUCAUAAACUGACAGAAUGUUUGAACGAUCUUCACCUCAUUCGAACACUUAACCGAGAAUACAAUGCCUACUGUGCAAGUACUUGAAACAGUAAUGCGUAAGUUGUAUUGAUUGAAUAAACAUUAUUUGACCCUAUAAACAAAUCGUUUAUACGACAAGCAGAUAUCGGCCUGAUAAAUGUAGUGGCGGGAAACAGUUUCUCUCAUUUUACGGUUUGAAGUUUUGCAAAUUAGUAUUUUAGAUCUGUUAUAACCAAAAUUAUCAUAGCUUGAUCAUCAUUUUAGUUACAGAGAGGGAAACACUUAACGCUUAUGGAUGUCCCUCUGAGACUUCUGUCCUUGCUUUUCUUUUCCAUCUCAAGUCUUCGUAGGAGCAUACUCAAAGUUUGAGAAUGGUAAUUUGGGUCGCAAUAGGUUGAAAAAGCCUAAAAAUCUUCGGUUAACUGAAAAAGCUUUUACGAUCAAAAGUAUUGGGGGCAAACCAUAUGCUGGCACCCAAACUCAAAAUUUGGGGAAUGAAGAGAUCCCCUUCCCCCAUCAGUGCACCCCCACUCCUACGCCUAUGGUUUUCUUCUCUCAUCAUUCUGUUCUGUAUAUUUCAUCAAUGUUAACAAUAUGCAACCAGCAAUUAUUUAUUUAUGUUCUUUACGACAUUGUAGUUCAAAGAACAGAAACAAUAAAAGAAGAAAUAACAACAAAAACAUCAGGAAUAGAAUUAUCAAGCACAAUAGAACCGAUUACAUUGCUAGAAAUAACAAACGUAUCACAUGAAGGUACCGUCGAAACAUUUAUUGAAAAGAGCACUCUUCAAACAGAGAAGACUGGAGGUAUUUCAACAACUACCGCAGUUUCUGUUGCUCUUGCAAGUGUGGUUGUAUGUCUUGGGACCAUUGUACUGGCCAUUUACCAGGUUUUGAGGCUUCGGCGAGAUAGAAGUGUAUCUUAUAGCAGAGAUCAUAACAACGCGUCUGUACAGAGCUGUCAUAAUUCCGUGAGAGUGAAGAAUGCAAGUAACACAAACCUAUUUGAAACACAAUUUGACAAACCGAAUAAUAAUCAGCACGUCGUCGAUAUUGUCACAGAGAAGUUCAACUCAAGAUCAAUAGCUGAAGUUGGUAAAACACAGAGCUCAGUAUUUCUAGCCCAUACAUGCCAUACUGCUUACGACCAGACAAAAGCAAACGUGAGAAGUCUGAAACGGAAUUAUGUGGCGGAACAUUCAUAUCUAAAUGCUGUGCGAACAACGGAGGUUGUUCCACGCGAUAUCAAGUAUCCGAAUAACAAGGGGAACUGUGUAAAUUGUGUAUGUGAGUCGUCUGAUAGUACUGAGUCAAGACUGAAUGAGGAAGAUGGUCAUCACUAUUUCAUACUUGAACCCAUGAAUUGACUAUGAUCAAGACAAAAUCCGUGUGCUUUCGGAUAUACAUUUAUAUAUGUCAGUAACCACAUUGAGGAGCAACAGCAUCCGCUCAAGAUCAUUGCUUUCAAUUAGAAAUCAUAUCGAAAUGCUAUUUUACAUGUGUAGUAUCUUACGAACAAACUGAUUGUUUCUUAAAGCCACUUGAAAGGACCGGAAUGAGAUUUAUAUGCUCCCAAAUAUACGCAAAAUGUUGUCAAAUACAUAUGCCGAUAGAUUUAAUGAUAAUUGCGCGUAAAUGUAAUGAAGUUAAAUCAUUUUAAAUGCAGAUAUACUAAAUUAUAAAUGUCAAGUUAUUCAGUCUAAUGUUUUCUUCAAAACUGACCUUCUCAACAAAGACCAUUUAUCUGUAAGUAAGGAUUUGGAAUUUACAAAAUUUUGUGGUACAGGUUUCUCGUGCUCUAUAUUAAGUAACGUAGUUAAUGUAUAGGUUCUUACGGGUCAUUGUGGUCAUUCGAGGUUACUAAUGGACUGCGUACAAGAUAAUCAACUCAGCCAUCCACCCUUUGUGCUUUUGCCUAUCAGUUGUAUACAUAGUUCAACUGUACUUUUUCUUUUGCUGCCUGUUUCAUGUUUUGAAGGCAAGAAAGAGGUGAGCUUUGCGCAGGAUUUUUUUUUCACAGUGUUUGUAAAACAUAGAACAUUGACUUGAGAGUACGGAAUAGUUCCGGACUGUUUAAUUACUGGAAUAUCAUUAAUCCCAAUUAUGAUUUUUGUUUUCAGUGUAUAAUGUUAGUGACUGUGAAUUUCCAAAGUUUAAAGGGGCUUUGUUUG